ACCCAGAGGGAACGACAUAGUCUUAUAACAUAAAUCUUCAGUGAAAAUCAGAUUCAUUCAACUAAAAGUAACAAUGUUCCAACGUCGCUAUCUCUUUUUUUAUCAAUUAUAUCUCUUGCCGUGCUGAUAAGAUAAACAACAGAGAAGUUUUAUGUGUUGAAUUAACAGCAUUUAUCAGUUACAUGCUGAUUCUCCAGCAAUACCCAUCAUGGUCCGCGAUCGACUGCCGGAAUUACGUGCCUAUCAAAAUAAUAGCACUACAUUUGGUAAAGGAUUUUUGCAAGAUGUACACAUUCAAAUGUCGCAAAACAAAAAACUGCGAGAAGUAUUAGAUGAAGUCGAGGAAGUUCGAAGUCUGAUACAACUCGUCGCUGAGAAUAUCACGAUCGUGAAGGAUUUAUAUAAUAACGUUUUGUCGUACACCAAUAAAGAUUUAAAAAAAGAACUGGACAGUAGAACGUAUGCCAUUUCGCAGACAUCGUUUCGCAUACAACGAAAAUUGAGAGAAAUGGCAAAGGACCUUUCCUCUAUGGAUGAUUUAACUGUUGCGACCGAAGGACCUAUUCAUAUGCGAAUUAAAGCGUUGCAAUAUUCGACGAUGAUCAAAUUAUUUUCGGAGAUUAUGGAAGACUAUAACUUGUCUAUGUUAAGGUAUCACGAGAAAUGUCGUAUACUUCUGCAUCACCAGAAACUAUUAAUCAGGAAGCACAUUACGAGUGACGAAUUGGAAACAUUACUUGAUAAUCCAGAAAUCAGUCUAUUCGUUGAUAAUAUUUUAGAGGAUAGUCGAAUUGCAAGACAGCAAUUAUCUGACAUACAAAGUAGACAUAAUGAUAUUAUUAAAUUAGAAAAAUCGAUUGUAGAAAUUAGAGAUAUGUUUACUGAGAUGGCAUUCCUUGUUGAAAAACAAGGAGAACAAAUAAAUAGUGUAGAAUAUUUUGCUGGAAGAACCGCAGAUACUGUCGAUAGUGGUCGUACCGAUCUUCAGAAAGCGGAGAAAAAAAGGCGAAAAUAUAAAAAGACGAAAAUUAAGUUUGUUAUUAUUAUUACUAUAAUCAUUAUUUUCUUACUUCUGCUGGCCAUUCUUUGUACGUAAAAUAAAAAGUGUAUGAAUAAAGUGAAAAUAUGUUAUGUAAUACAAAAAUAUGUAUUAUUUAUAA